AGCAACCGACCGAGCAUGGGCGGUGACCCUGUUAGGUUGUGAACUUGCGAUAUCUUUGCACAGGUGCUAUAGAUAGGUAAUAUCUUCUCUUCAAAAGUAUUGUUUAAAUAGCCAUACCAUCACCCAAAAGCUCUCACCUGCCCGGCAUGUCUUCCCAGAUAUCUCGAAACACAAGGAGAUUGGCGCUGCUGCAUACAAAACAACCAUCUUGCCUAAGGCCCUUCAUCUAUCACGCGGGCUACUUCUAUUGCCUGUUAGUCAGUAUGGGUGCUGGCGAUUCCACCAAUACUGGCCUCAGCGUCGAAGUGAUCGUUGCCAUAAUCGCUCUGUUUGUAGCCCUUCCUUCGGCAAUUCUUGUUGUGUAUCAAUUCUAUCGGCAGCUUCGCACGGGGGAAGGAACAGAGGUUAGCGAAGCAGCCACGGUUACUGCCCCACCACCAGCCACGCCGCCCAUCGAUAACAGUUAUCGCCUUAUCGACUAUGCAAGAACCGCGGAAGCUGAGCCUGCCGAAUUGGAGGAUACCAGCCAGGCAUAUCGACCUAGCGAAGCUGAAUUCGUUCCCCCCAAUUGGCUUUCCCACCUACAACAAAGAUCCGGUGCACCGUCUCAUGUCAGUGCGCAGCUGUCUCGCGCCCCGCGUGGCAGCGAAGACAUGGUCUGAAAAUCCACAUCUAUAAGCCGUUCUUUGCCGGUAGAUGUGAGCCGGGAGCACCAUCCCGUGGUCUUGGCCCCGUGGUGGGUGUGAGCUUGUUGAAGGAACAGUUGCGUGUCGCAACUUCGCAGGAGAGGAUGAACUCCAACCUAUCCACUCUUUGCCCAACAUCUUUCACUGUACCUAUUUCUACCUCGCAAUCUUGGCCUAUCAAAAGCCAAUCUUACAAAUUUCCAAUUUUUUGCCCG